AGGGCCAUAUGUCCAUUUUACUGUUUACUUUUCUUGAUUUCUAGGGACUUUCUACAAUGCUUCGCCGUGCACUCAACGCAUAAUUUCGUAAAAAAUGCUUCAAUGUAUUGAUAUGCAUACCUUUCGAAACAUGCAUGUAUUAGUAUUUAAAGAACCAGCAUCUACAAGCACAAUGAUUCAACCAAUUAAUUGACUUGUUUCUUUCUUAAUUUCCCUCAACCACAGAUACAACCAUAUGGGAAAUAUUGGCUUCCUCCUCCCUCUUAAGGUAUUUGUGGUGGUGUUGUGCAACUUUGUGACUACUUUGUCAGAGGAAUCACCCAGCACCACCACUGACCAAUUGGCUCUUCUUGCACUUAAAGCCCAUGUCACCCAUGACCCUCAAAACCUGUUGGCAACCAACUGGACUAGUGCUACCUCUGUUUGCAACUGGAUUGGUGUCACUUGCGGAUCCCAUCAUCAAAGAGUCACCGCUCUUAAUCUUUCUCACAUGGGUCUUAUAGGCACCAUCCCACCUCCCUUGGGAAAUCUAUCUUUUCUUUCUGAGCUUGACAUCAGAUUUAAUCAUUUUCAUGGCUUAUUGUCCAUGGAGUUGGCUAAUUUGUCUUCACUGAAAUAUAUAAACUUUGGUCACAACAACUUUCGUGGAGAAAUCCCAUCAUGGUUUGAUUCCUUCACUCAACUUCAUAGCUUGCUUCUGUACAGUAACAACUUCUCUGGUGUUAUCCCAUCUUCAUUGGGCUCUUUGUCAAACCUUGAGAAGUUGAUCUUGUAUGACAAUGAUUUGAAGGGGCAGAUUCCUAUAGCAAUUGGAAAUCUUUCCAAGUUGAAAAGGUUAUAUUUGGACAAUAAUCAGCUUUCAGGUCAAAUUCCAUCAGCUGUAUUCAAGUGCAAAGCGUUAGAAUUCUUAUCUUUAACUAACAAUGUCUUGGAGGGAAGUGUGCCUCAAGAAAUUGGGAAUUUGACUAGAUUAAGAUAUUUAUAUCUCGAUAACAACAACUUAACAGGUCAACUUCCAUCAGCUCUAUUUAAGUGCCAAGAGUUAGAAGAGCUAGAUUUAUCUCAAAAUGCCUUGGAGGGAAGUGUGCCUCAAGAAAUCGGGAAUUUGACCAAAGUAAUUUGGUUGCACCUCUAUCGUAACAACUUAACAGGUGAAAUUCCAGCAACAAUUGGAAGCUUGUCUGUUCUUCGUUAUCUUUAUUCGGAGAAUAACAGCUUGACAGGUCAACUUCCAUUGACUCUAUUCAAGUGCCAAGAGUUAGAAGAUUUAUGGUUAUUUGACAAUGCCUUGGAGGGAAGUGUGCCUCAAGAAAUUGGGAAUUUGACUAGAUUAAGAUAUUUAUAUCUCGAUAACAACAACUUAACAGGUCAACUUCCAUCAGCUCUAUUCAAGUGUCAAGAGCUAGAGAUUUUAAGUUUAUCUCAAAAUGCCUUGGAGGGAAGCGUGCCUCAAGAAAUCGGGAAUUUGACUAGAUUAAACGAGUUGUAUCUCGAUGAGAAUAAUUUUACAGGUGAAAUUCCAAUAACAAUUGGAAGCUUAUCUGUUCUUCGUUAUCUUUAUAUGGGUUAUAACAGCUUGACAGGUCAACUUCCAUUAACUCUAUUCAAGUGCCAAGAGUUAAAAGAUUUAUGGUUAUCUGAUAAUGCCUUGGAGGGAAAUGUGCCCCAAGAAAUCGGGAAUUUGACUAAAUUAACUGUGUCGUUGGAGCUCGAUGGUAACAACCUAACAGGUGAAAUUCCAUCAACAAUCAGAAGCUUGCCUUUUCUUCAGCAUCUUGAUUUGAGCUUUAACAACUUAAUAGGUCGACUUCCAGCUCUACCAUCUUCAUUGCAAGGCUUAAUCAUUUCACGAAAUAAUUUAAUUGGAGAAAUCCCUUCAUCAGUUUGCAAUAUGAGUUCACUACGAUAUUAUCUCACCUUGUCAAAGAAUAAUUUUCAUGGAAUUAUUCCAGAAUGUUUAGGAAACUUAAGUAACUCUAUUGAAUUCGUAGAUCUAAGCAUGAAUAGUUUUCAUGGUAAAAUACCUAGAAAUUUUCAUAAAAAUUGUUUGUUAAGAAGGUUUUUCAUCAAUCAAAACCAGCUAGAAGGGUCAUUACCACGCUCUUUGGUUAAUUGCUCAGAAUUGGAAGUUUUAGAUGUAAGGAACAACAACUUAAAAGAUACCUUUCCAAAUUGGUUAGGAAUUUUGGAUCUACAAGUUCUUAUCUUGCGAGGUAAUAAAUUCUUUGGUCACCUUAAUGACUUUGAAGGUAGAUUUUCCUUCUCUCAUUUGCGAAUCAUAGAUCUCUCUCACAAUGACUUCAAUGGCCAUUUGCCAUCAAAAUUUUUUGAAAAUUUGCGUGCUAUAAAAAGUGGGAGCGAAAACAAAGGUGGCUUAAAGUACAUGAGAAGUGACAUAUGGGAUCAUUAUUAUGAAUCUUUUGUAAUUACAACAAAGGGGUUGGAAAUGCACUUCAUGAGAAUUUUAAACACUUUGAUGGUUAUUGACUUUUCCAAUAAUCGAUUUAAGGGACAGAUUCCUGAAGCACUUGGAGUACUUCAUUCACUUAUAGUCCUCAACCUUUCUCACAAUAGUUUAACGGGCCCUAUCCCAUCAGUGUUAGGGAAUUUGUCAGCACUUGAAUCAUUAGAUCUCUCGUUGAACAAGCUCGAAGGAAAAAUUCCAAUACAAUUAGUAAAUCUUAUAUUCUUAGAGGUGUUAAACCUUUCUUGGAAUAAUUUCAUGGGACUCAUUCCUCAAGGCAAACAAUUUGAUACUUUCACAAAUGAUUCCUACAUUGGAAACUUGGGUUUAUGUGGACUUCCUUUAUCAAAGGAAUGUAGUAAUGGGCAGAAUUUGGAACCCCAACCAACAAAGUCUGAUGAAGAUGGUGAUGCUGUGAAUUGGAAAUUUUCUAUAUUGAUGGGGUAUGGAUGUGGGCUGGUUUGUGGAUUGAGCAUGGGAUACAUUGUAUUCACAACUGGAAAACCACGGUGGCUGGUUAGGAUCAUUUGGAGAGGUCAACAAAAAUAUGUUAUUAGAGGGAAAAUCCGCAGAAGUGGAGGAAGAAAAUAACACAGCUAAUGUUCUUAGGUCGGGUAUAUGCCAACUUCCAAGGUUAAUUUCUUCCACAAAUAGUUUGGCAAAAGAGGAUCUUGACAAGAAAGGAGACUUUUCAAUCUUGGUGGUAUGGAUUCCAUGAUCAUUAUAUAUAUUUGUUGUGGACUUUUUAAAGUUGUUUGUGUCCUCUAUAUUAGACUUAUUCUCCGUUGCUUUUUGGUUGAGUUGAUUUCUUUUCAGUUUGUUGGAUUGGUAUAUUACUAAUAUCAGUUGUAGUAGUCGUAUUCUAAUUCUGAAUUUCGAUUAUAAUGUGUAAUUUUCGACUUGUAGAUAUC